UUAAAAAUAUUUGUCUAGCAAUCAUGAAAUACUGCUUCUAUUUUAUACUAAUAAAACACAUGUUACUAAUCAAAUGUUCACAUAUCGAUAAAAAUAAUACCGAUAUAUUCAUAACGUAUUCCGGUCACAGUGACUUAGAGAGACCGGUACCGAAACCGGUAUUAAAAACGGUAUCAGAAAAACCGGUUACAGAACAAAAGAAAGAACCGGUAAAAGAAAUCACAGUAGAAGAUAUGACAGAGGGAAUUAUUUUCAUACCAAAUGAUAAACCGGUUUUUAGGAAUGAAGAUGUUUUUCAUAAUGAUGGUGGGCAUAUUAGUGAUGUCAUGGAUAGUAGAAGGGUAGGGAGUUUGGCGAGAGGCGAUAAAAUACGUGUUAAUGAAUAUGAAUCACCAAACACAGACAUUCUAUUCGUAUCUGGUAAAAACAAGGAAAACAUCGAGAAACCCGCGCAAUACGCCAAGAAACAAGAAAGGCAAGACUCGAAAGUCGUCAAGAAAACAAAAAUAAACAAGAAUAGAUUGAACUGUACUAACAUAAACUGCAAUAACACAGUCAAUUCUGUGUGUGGUGGGAAAGAAGAGAACAAGAAAAUAAAAUACCGGUUAUUUCUAAAUGACUGUUUCUUUAGAAAAGUCAACUGUGGUUUUCAAAAUGCUGUUAAUCGAUACGAUGUAGUACCAAUAGAAAAUUGCAAGGAUGUCGGGGCGCAUUAUUUGACAAGGCCUUACGUUUUCAAACCUAUACCACUACCAGUCCAGAAAGAAGUAGUAAAUAUCGAGACUAGAAGAAGCUUCUCUUCUAGAAGGUCUCUAAACAUGGGUGUAGACGGCAGUUUCUGUGGCCACGCGUGCCCAGCCUCCUGUACAAAAGACUACGACCCUCAGUGCGCUGUGUCCAACAGUGGACAACGCAAGAUGUUUCUGAACCACUGUAAACUGGACCAAAACUCUUGUCUGUACAAAGUUGUGUGGCACAGACGUCCGUUAUCAGAAUGCGUGGGAGGCAGAAAGGCGGAUAUGACACAAAACAGAGGAUUUAUCGGAUGGAUGCAACGCGUGGGCAUUGUGGAUGGAAAGGGGAAAUUAGUGUUAUCAUAAUGAUAGAUGUAUUCUAUUUA